UUCAUUAAUCAUUCAAUAUAAUACCCUUCAAUUCCCCUCUCAUCUUCCUCAUUAAUUAUACUAUAACAACCCCUCUCUCUCUCCUUUCAUUUCAUUCCCACCAUUUGUGACCAAUAACUCAUCUCUCUCUCUCCCACCAUUUGUGACCACUUAAUUUUGCAAACCCAUCUCUCUUUCUAUAUAUAUGUACUUCUCUCUCCUCCUUACCCAAUAAGAACAAUACAUAUCUUUUUUCUUCCCAUCCUCCAAAUUUCAUCUUCAAUUCAAUCCUUUCUUCUUCCCCACCAGUUUCAUCUUGGAUUCCUUUCAAUAAUACCAUGAGCCCAGGACUAUUCCGUGAUGAUCAACAAGCAAAGAAGGAGAUGAUGAAUGGUCCACGCCCAUCUCCUUUGAAGAUCAACAAAGACUCUCAUCCCAUCCAGAAACCAUCUUCUUCAUCAAUGUCUUCAGUCCCUCCACCCUUCAAUGGCGUCGCCGCCGUAGCCACAAAACAGCAACAGAACCAACAGCGGCAUCAUCCAGUUAUCAUUUACACCCAUUCUCCCAAGAUCAUCCACACACAUGCUCGUGAUUUCAUGGCUUUGGUGCAGAAACUCACCGGUCUUUCCCGUUCCGAUGAUGAUCGGUCUCGUCCGGUGCAACAACCUCAAUUGCAGUUGCAGGAGGAGAAUGGAGGAGGAGGAGGAGGAGGAGGAGGAGAGUCUUCUUCAUCAGAAGCUGGUUAUAACAAUAACAAUAACAAAACGAGGCCUUCCCAUGAAGAUAAUGAAUCAUCUUCGGUUGUGACAGAUGAGAAUUGUGGAGGAGGAGAGAUCCAGGUUAGCUCAUCUUCUGUUUCUCAUUCGGUCUAUGAACCAUCGCCGAAUCCUUUCUUCUCCGCCGAUAUCCCUCUCUUCACACCGAAUUCUUCAGCAGAUUUGUUUUGCUCGCCUAGGCGUUUAUACAGAUUUCCUGAGUCUCUAUUCACACCUUCCAACAGGGGGAGUUCUAUCUCUCCAUCUUUCCUUGAGGUUAUGAAAGGAUUCCCAGGAUACUAAUAAGGGUUGAUCAGAGGAAUCUAGGUAGCUAGUCAUCAGUUCCCAAUACAUGGAUAAUUACACUCUUGUUGUUCAUUAAUGGAUCAAUUUUUAUUUUUUUUUUCUUAA